AUGGAUUCAUGCACAAAGGAAUUUUAUGAUAACCUUUUAACAUAUUUUAUCAAUUACGACCUUUCAUCAUUUAAUGUACGAAUCAUACCGAUGACUGAAGCCAAACAAGAUUUAAUAGAAUUAUCAACAAAUCCUUUAGAUGUAUGGAUAAAUACACAUUAUGAUGAAUUGUGUGCAGGUAUGAUAUGUAAAAAUGCUCUAUUCUGCAAACCAUCAGACAUGAAAGACAAGAAUUUCCAAAUGAGCAUUAAGGAUAAAUGUGAUAGGAAACAGAGAAGAAUAGACGAUAAACAAACAUGGUGUUAUGUUUUGAAAGAAGAAAUGAAAGGAUUAUAUAAACAGGUUGAACCAAACGAUAAUGAGGAUUCAUUUACUGACGAUGAAAUACCUGUAAAUGAUGCUUUAUAA